UUGAGUCACCAUUCUCUACAAAGCACUUGUUUACAACAUGGCUACAGGGGGAGGAACACCUGAGGAAGGAGUUCUGGAUCACGAUCUGCCUAACUGGAGUCAGGAAUCUUUGGAGGACAGGCUGAAUAAUCUGGACUGGAGUGGGCAGAAAGCUAACCGAUCAUCAGAGAAAAACAAGAAGAAGUUUAGCAUGGAGUGUGAGGCACGACUCACAAACGACAUCUCUCCAGGGUCAUCUCCUGGUGUUGGCCGCAGGAGGACAAGAACACCACAUACUUAUCCACAUACCAGAUACGUGUCCCAGAUGUCUGUCCCAGAACAGGCAGAAUUGGAAAGACUCAAGCAGAAAAUCAAUUUUGGGGAUUUGGACCAGAGGAGCAUUGGGAGCGACUCCCAAGGCAGAGCAACGGCAGCAAAUAACAAACGGCAGCUUUCUGAGAACCGGAAACCUUUCAACUUUCUACCGCUGCAGCUGAACACUAAUAAAGACAAGGCUAAAACAGCAAGUCCUCCAAAGAGAGAAACCAGUGUGUCAUCCUUGCCCAAGGACUUCCUAACGUCCGCCUUUGCUAAAGAUUUGGUGCACAAUUUUCAGGCCUCUUUGUCAGAUGAUGCAAGAGGAGAAGCAGCCAUUGACAGUAGUCAGGUUGUGAGUAGACUUGUACAGAUUCGCAACUAUAUCUCUAAGGCCACUUCCAUGAGAGAUGACCUUGUUGAGAAAAAUGAAAGGUCUGCAAAUGUGGAACGCUUGUCAAACUUAAUUGGCCAUCUAAAAGCCCAGGAAAAGUGUUACCUUAAAUUUCUUCAAACAAUGCUUGCUAGUGAAAAUGAGGAAGAUAUUCGCACUAUAGAUUCAGCAGUGGGAUCUGGUUCUGUAGCUGAGAGCACAUCACUAAACAUUGAUGUGCAGUCUGAGGCUUCAGAUACCACGGCAUUAGACCCUCAACAAGAGGCCAAAGAAGAAUUAAAAAAUAUGAAGAAACAACAUGCAUUGCUGACCAGGAUCCUGCAACAACAAGAGCAGCUCAGGACCUUGAAAGGAAGACAGGCAGCUCUUCUUGCCUUGCAGCACAAGAGCGAACAAGCAAUCUCUGUGAUGGAUGACUCUGUUGUUACAGAGACUACUGGAAGUUUGUCAGGACUGAGCUUAACAUCAGAGCUGAAUGAAGAAUUGAAUGAUCUCAUCCAGCGUUUUCACAACCAGCUGCAUGAUGUUCAGAGUCCUCCUGUACCAGAUAAUAGAAGACAAGCAGAGAGCCUCUCCCUCACAAGAGAGGUUUCCCGAAGUUUGAACUCAUCCACUUCUGAGCCUGUUUUGGAGGACAGAACUCCACUCUUUAGUAAAGUUGGGGUACUCUUGGAAAAGAAACCGAAAAUGGAUUCCAUUUUGGGAGAACUCCACACUCUACAAGAUCACCAUUUAAAUAACACUGCAUGUUCCCCUCAAAGGGGUGUGGAUCAAAGGAGCACAAGUUCAGCUGCUUCUGCUCCACAGGCCACUGACAAUAGGGCAGCCAACAGCCCUGCAGCAGCUGCUUUCCCCUCUUCUAACUCUAUGAAUGAUAGUGAAGAUGAAGAAAAUCAAAAUCCAGCAGAAAAGCUGAAAAAACUGAAAGAAGUUCGAAAGAGGCUUAAUGAGCUCCGCGACCUUGUCCGCUAUUAUGAGCAAACAUCUGAUAUGAUGACAGACGCUAUAAAUGAAAACACUAAAGAUGAUGAUGAUGACGAGGAGGCGGAGGAGGAGGAAGAAGAAGAAGAAGAAGAAGAAGAAGAAGAAACUGAAGACUCCUGGAUUGAGUCUGACCAGGAAGUGAACCAGCCAGUUAUAAACAUCAGGAAUCCACAACGUUUGAGUGGCUGGGGACCAGUGAAUAGCAUCUCUAAUGCGCAUUGUGGAAAUAAUAACAGGGAUGAAAGGCUACUCAAUACGGACUGUGAAAUAAACAACAGAUCUUCGGUUAAUUUAAGAACCUUCAAUGUGUCCUCUGGAUUAGAAUGCCUGUUUAAUAGAGAAUCUAGAGAUAAAGAACAGCAUUGCAAUGUUGAUCUGGAUGAUGAUGAAGAUGCAAAUGAUGAUCAGGAGAGUGUGGUUUCUCUAUCAAGCCGGAGCAGUGUCACUGAAGAGGGCCAAACUGCUGAAUAUGAGGAAAAAUUCAGCCGUCUUAUAUCGGCCAAACACAAACUUAAACAACUGCAGGAUCUUAUUGCAAUGUAUGAUGGUGAUACAGAAUCUGAGACCAUGGCAGCUGAGAGAUCUGCCAGUGGAGGACAUUCCUUACCAGAGGAGGCAAACUCAAAACAGCAACCAAAUAACACCCGUCCCAAUGUAUCUAAAACACAAAGGGAUGUUUCUCUUAAGGAGCAAGCAAGGGAGAAAUUUUAUGAAUCCAAGCUUCAACAGCAACAGAAGGAGCUGAAACAGUUACAGGAAGAAAGGAAGAAGCUUAUUGAAAUUCAAGAAAAAAUUCAAACUUUACGUAAGGCAUGUCCUGAUCUACAGUUGUCGUCAUCCUCUAGUUUUAAAUCUGGUCCUACAACCAGGAAUUUACCAACUGUCUCCUCAACUCCAGAUGUUAAUGUGAGCAAUGCUGCAGCCAUUCCAAGCAUGCCAGACCCUGAAGACUCUUCUUCAGUGGAUAAUGAGGUGUGGUCAGAGAUCCGCAGGCACCAAAUUUUAAGGGAAGAUUUGCGACAAAGAAGGAAACAGCUGGAGUCUUUGAUGGCUGAACAUCAGCGGAGGCAAGGAGUCACAGAAACCACCUCUGCUGGCUCUAUAAGAAGUGAUGACUCUGAAGCACAAGGCCUUCAUCACCAAAGCAGAACUGAAAAAACUAUGGCCACUUGGGGAGGAUCCACCCAGUGUGCCCUUGAUGAGGAUGAUGAAGAUGAUGGCUGCAUUUCAGAUGUAAAUCAGGUGGAAGAUGAGGAUGAGGAUGAGGAAGAGCAUGAGGAGACAUUCCGUGAAAAUAUCACUUAUCCUCAGAACAGUAUAAAUCAGAGUGCCUGCACUGGAAAGAACAGUAAACAGGGUUGGAAUAGUCAGCAUCCAUAUGCAGUUGAUGGUAAUUACAGGCCCUCACCCAGUACAAAACAGCAGCAGCAGAAUAUUAGCAUGCGGAGGCAAGAAAACCUACGAUGGGUGUCUGAGCUUUCCCAAGUGGAAGAAAAACAAGUUUGGCAGGAGCAAAUAGACCAGAUUAAGAGACAGCUUGAGUUCAGCACAAAUAUGUGCCAGACGUUAAUGAGGGAUCAACAGUCUCUUCACUACUUCCUCCAAAGCAUGUUUACAAACCCAUACAACUUGAUGCCCAGUAACUUGGGAACGUCACAAGUCCCCGUUAUCAUGCAACAGCUGAACCAAUGUUUUACACAGCUUAACUGGCAACAGAACAAUGUUCUCAGGCUUAAGCAGAUGCUAAGUGAUGUAAUGCGCCAGCAGCAGCAGGAGCCCAUGCAGCAAAACAGCCAGCAAAGGACGCCUCAAGAGAGCGGUGCAGCACCUCCUAAUGUGUUUGAUCAGUUUGGCUGCAUCCCCCCACCUAUGAAUGUGUUCAGCAUGCCUCCUUUUGGGAACUUCCCUAAUAUGAUGCCAGGUGUGAACUUUAAUCCAGUUUUUCCACCUGGAAUUGGAGACUUGGCUCGGACCUCCACCUCUCAUACUGAUGUGCCUCUUCAGUCUCAUGAUCCGAACACUUCAGGGAAGACAGAGUACAUGGCUUUUCCAAAGCCAUUUGAAAGUAAUUCAUCAAGUGCAGCGGACAGACAGAGCACCACUCCUAAACUAGCUGAGGGGGAGCGUAAUAAGGACAUCCCAUCGGACAGCCAAAGUAAGGAUGAAGGGAAGAAAGCCUCCAGUAUGGAUGUUGCUCAUUCAGCAUCAGGAUGCUCUUUCAAGUAUUCAGAAGCAGCACACCGAGCGAAACACUUUGAUGACGAAUCCAUGGACAGUUUAAGCAGCAUGCCUGAUCCUGGGGAUCCAACAACGGUUACUAAAACGUUCAAAUCUCGAAAAGCAUCAGCCCAAGCCAGCCUGGCUUCAAAAGACAAAACACCAAAAACCAAAAAUAAGAAAAGAAAAAUUUCUCAUCAGAAAAACAGAGGAUUGAAGAAUCUUGAUCUCCAAAGUGCCAGUGCCUUCAGCAUUGCUGAACCUAAAGAGAGCAGCAACAAGCAUGCCCAGACUGAAGAAACCGGUGCAGGUAAUGCCAUCGCUUCUGAGCACUUGCAAAGACUUAGAAAGGACAGUAAAGCUGCAGACCUUUCUUCAGAGGCUGGAAGUGACUUCUCUAUGUUCGAAGCAUUGCGCGACACCAUUUACUCAGAAGUAGCUACUCUCAUCUCGCAGAAUGAAUGCCGUCCGCAUUUUCUUAUUGAGCUCUUCCAUGAGCUGCAGCUUCUGAGCACAGAUUAUUUGAGACAAAAGGCACUUUUUGCUUUACAGGAUAUUGUCACCAGGCGUCUGACUGAAAAUACAGAGAAACUUGACUGCUCCAAGCCUGUGGAUUCAGUGGGGUGGAUGGCAUCUAACUCUGAGCUUACACCAAGUGAAAGUCUAGCUACAACCGAUGAUGAAAUGUAUGCAAAAGACUGCGAGGCACGCAAUGUGGGUGAACAAAAUGAGGCUGAUAACAUUAGCACUUUAUCAACUUCUUCCAAUUUUGAGCCUUUUGCAAUAGAUGACCUGGGUAACACUGUGAUUCAUUUAGAUCAAGCACUGGCCAGAAUGAGGGAGUACGAGCGCAUGAAAAUUGAGGCUGAAAAGAGUUUAGAUGCUGAAUGCUGCAGUAAGCUUAACAAUGCUGCUUCUAAUGUAGAAGUCUCCAAUGAUGAAGAAGGAGAACACGGUAAACAAUGCAGUGAUGAAGGGUCUGCAGUCCCCUGUCCACAUAUUGAUAUUCAGCAGCUGGACCGGCAGAUCAAGGCAAUUAUGAAGGAAGUCAUCCCGUUCUUGAAGGAGCAUAUGGAGGAGGUCUGUUCUUCUCACCUUCUGACCUCCAUCAGGAGAAUGGUCCUCACUCUAACCCAGCAAAACGAUGAAAGCAAAGAGUUUGUGAAGUUCUUCCACAAGCAGCUGGGCAGCAUACUACAGGAUUCUCUGGAAAAGUUUAGCAACAAAAAGUUGAAGGAUUGUGGAGAAGAUCUCCUUGUUGAAAUAUCUGAAGUCUUGUUCAAUGAGUUGGCUUUCUUCAGGCUGAUGCAAGACCUGGACAACAAUAGCAGCUCAGUGCAAAGCAGAGGCCAGCAUAAGCCGAACACUGAUGUUUUGCAGUCUCUCACCAAAAAGGCACGGAAAAUGUUGGAUGGUGUAGAAAGCUCGGACUCCAGAGAGAGUGACGAUGAAGACAAGGACAAGGAUGAAACCGAGACCUCCGCAAAAUCACAAAACAAACGUAUUGAUGUGUCUGAAGCUCGCAGUGGGAGAUCUGACAUUUCAGAGGAAGAGGAUGGAAAUGAGAACAUUCCUGUGUCCAUCAGUCUAUCCAAAUCAGAAACACAGGCAUUGACUAACUAUGGAAGUGGAGAAGAUGAGAAUGAGGAGGAGGAGGAGAAUUAUGAGUUUGAAGCUCGUCCUGUGGAUGUAGAGACAUCCCUGGAAGCCAAUGCUGAAACCACUGAUGAAAAUGCAAAGGAACAGGUUUUGAGAAAUCCUAUUAAUGAAGCAGAGAGUGAAAACUUGGCAGAACACUGCAUAAAAGAAGCAGAAGACAUACAUAAGGUAGAGGAGAACCAGAAUCCACUUGAUAUUUCAGCUGACAAUACUUUGGCUUCAUUGCACUUACAAGGAGGUGACAUGUCGGCAUCAGUGGACAGGGAUGCGAAGUCAUCACAGGCGUCAGCAGAGAGCUCUGGACCUGGCAGUCCUGCCACUGACUCCCCUGUGCUAGUUAAUGAAUUUGAAACUGGCUCUGGAAACUUGAGUCAGAAGUCUGAUGAAGAUGACUUUGUGAAAGUUGAAGAUCUGCCUCUUAAACUUGCUUUGCCUAAGGCAGAACUGAUGGCUGAAAUGGAAAAUGAGCAGCUAAACAAUAAUCUCUGCAAUGAAAUUUUGAAUGGACAAGGAAAUGGUGUUGAUGAGCUGGCAGGAGAUGCUUUGUUACUGAAAGAGCCAGAAAGUAAUGGAUCUCAUUCUGGAUGAAACAAAAAAGCAAAAUCCACUGAAUUUCAAAGUUUAAAUCUGCACUAUACCUUCUGAGUUUGUAAUGAAAUGUUAGGACACUGCCGUUUAGGUCCUGGUUUAAAAAAAUAAAAA